AUGGAACCAAGCGUCCUAGAGCUGAUGGAGGUGAAGACUCUGAUGAUUACGAUGACUACAGACCCAGGUACAGGCCUCUCCCGUUUUGUCAGGACUGUGGAUCGAGGUCCCACCCAAGGACAUGCCGCCCCCGUUGCCAUCGUUGUGACAAAAAAACAUCCUGGAGCAUGCACUGCGUUCUGUCGGAAAUGUGCAGAGAUUGGUCACUCGUGGCGACGCUGCCGGCUAUUUGUCCCUCAUCAUAUAUGGGCAAGACAGCGUUAUGGCACUCGCAAGACCAUUCAAGAUGUCAAUAUAACCCUUCCUGUCGUCAACCCUGGGCCCUUGGUGACUACAACCUCACUUAAUGCUGCCAUCCUGUCUCAACUCGACGUUGCCCUUAGUGGCUUGCACAGAAAUGCAGGAAUUCCCUUGGAUUCGCGUAUCACCAUGAACAAUGUGAACAUAAGAACAAACAUGCCUGCCACAGAACAGCCAGCUCCAAUUGCUCCGGACACGUCACUACUGGAUAGAGUGCAACGAAUUCCCACAAGAUCACGCUCGAUCAUCCCCAGCAGGCCCGCUCCUAAAAAGCCCGCCUUUAACCAGUCACCCUUCGCUUGUUCCCCAUUCUACGAGCUUGCCUCAGAAAGAUCUGCUCCAAUUGAUCCGGACAUGUCAUUACUGGAUAGAGUGCAGCGAAUUUCCACAGAACCACGCUCGAUCAUCCCCGGCAGGCCCGCUCUUACAAAUCCCACCUUUAAUCAGUCACGCUUCGCUAGUUCUCCAUUCUGCGAGCAUGUAUUCAGCCAACCUGUGUUUGGCCAACCUGCAUUCACCCAGCCUACAUUCACACAGAAUAAAUCUAUCAGGGUGGCACCAACCCGGCCCCGUCAUGGUGGAUUUUCGUUUGAUUCAAAAUAUUGA